GCAAGAUGGCGCUGGGCGACAGAGAAAAGUGAUGAGAGAAUAGAACAACAAGCGAUACAACUAAAUAACAGUGAGCAUUUAUUUACCCUGUGCGACUGUUUUAAAACCGGACCGCUAUCUUAUCACCUGGAAGCUGCCAGGCACCUACGGAGAGACCGCACCGGUCUACGGAGAUACAAUUUAUCAGCCAACUGUUUGCUAACUAGCUGCUAAAGUAGCUAGCAUAGCUAACGUUCGCUAACUGCGGAAGGCGAGUGAGGAGAAGGCUGGCAGGCGGCUCGAAGUAACGUUACAAAUCGACAAGUCGAGCAGCUGAUUUAAAAACAAGCAACCUGUCCGUGUGAUACAUCAACUACCAGUACAGAGUUUGUGGCACGGACCGGGUCAUCCUAACCAGGGGUCGGCGAGGAAACACCUCUGAUAAGGAAGGCAGAAAAAGACGAGAGGCGUCAUCUUUGCUGAUCUGACGCCAUGGCUCAUUCCCCUAUUCAGAGCGGACUGCCGGGGAUCCAGAACUUCAGAGCUGAUCCAGAGGAGUAUUUUACCAAGCUGGACAGAAUAGGCAAAGGCUCUUUUGGUGAAGUUUUUAAAGGCAUCGACUGUCGGACUCAGAAAGUUGUGGCCAUUAAAAUUAUUGAUCUGGAAGAAGCGGAGGAUGAAAUAGAGGACAUUCAACAGGAGAUCACAGUCCUCAGCCAGUGUGACAGUCCCUUCAUCACCAAGUAUUAUGGAUCAUACCUAAAGGGUACAAAACUAUGGAUUAUUAUGGAAUAUCUGGGUGGAGGAUCAGCCCUGGAUUUGUUGGAACCAGGCUCCCUGGACGAAACGCAGAUUGCCACAAUUCUGAGAGAGAUCCUAAAAGGGCUUGAGUAUCUGCACUCUGAGAAGAAAAUCCACAGAGAUAUCAAAGCUGCCAACGUGCUGCUGUCAGAACAAGGCGACGUGAAGCUGGCUGACUUCGGAGUGGCGGGCCAGCUGACGGACACUCAGAUAAAAAGGAACACGUUUGUUGGUACUCCUUUCUGGAUGGCACCUGAAGUCAUAAAGCAAUCAGCCUACGAUUCAAAGGCAGACAUCUGGUCAUUAGGAAUAACAGCAAUAGAACUGGCUAAAGGAGAGCCGCCGCACUCUGAGCUUCAUCCCAUGAAGGUCUUAUUCCUCAUCCCAAAGAACAAUCCACCAACACUGGAAGGAAACUACAGCAAACCACUUAAAGAAUUUGUUGAAGCCUGUUUAAAUAAGGAGCCCAGCUUUAGGCCAACUGCCAAAGAGCUGUUAAAACAUAAGUAUAUUGUAAGGCAUGCCAAAAAGACGUCCUAUCUGACAGAGCUGAUUGACAGAUACAAGAAGUGGAAGUUACAGCAGUCUCGGGAUGGAUCCAGCUCGGAUGAAUCUGAUGAGGAGCCAAACGGCCAGGCUUCUGGUGGAGAUGACGCUGCCAAUGAUGACUGGAUCUUCAACACCAUCAGAGAGAAGGACCUGAAAAACUUUCAGAACGGGGCAGCACAGCCUGCUGAGCUCGAAAGGACACAGGUGCAGGAGAGUCCAAAGAGGCCUUUGUCACAAAGCUUAUCAACAAUCUUUUCUCCAUUGUUUUCUGAGCUGAAAGAAAAGGGUGAGACGAGUAAUGGCAAGCCGGAGGCUGCAGAGGAGCUGCGGGAGGCCAUUUUCCUGGCAGAAGAAACACACCCAGGGAUCUGUGACUCCCUGGUAGCUGAACUAGUGCAGAGACUUCAGAGGUUUUCUGUGCCACAGGCAGCUGCCAGUCACUGAGAGGAGCUACAUCCAGCUCUGCUCUAAUUUUCCACCCUGGUGGCAGCAGUCAGAUCUUUUCCUCUGACCUCCACAGCCGGGAUGAAGUCUCCCAGGAAGGUCUCCAUCACUCAUUUGCCUGAAGCAAAUCCUGGCCUACUUAAUGUCUGUUUAUACGCUAGAACACCACCAGAGGGUCCUAUUUAGGACAGUCAGUGGCCAGCCUCUCAGCUGCCACUAUGACUGCCACCUGCUGUAAGAUGUCCCUUCUCAAUACCUCCUUCACAACUGUUUUUUAUUUUAAUGGUGGAGUCAGCUAUCUUCUUUCUUCAAGGACUCUUUGAGUUAUUGGUUUUGGUGAGUUUGUGGCUUUUUCACAAAGGUUUACACUCAGCAUCCUUUUUUGGAGAAAGUACCUUGCUUAAUAAAUUGUGUGCAUGUGCGUGUGGCUGUGCGAGAUAUCCUGUGAAAUGUGCAGUGAAGAAGAGUGACGAGUGGGUUGAAGCAUUCUAUUGAAAACUCAGGUAUCCUGCUUUAAGUGGAUUGGGUCCUCUGGGAGACGGAGAGAGCUCUUUAGGGUGGUUGUACAGCCUUGUAAAUAAGCUAAUUUCUACAGAUUCAUGAAAAAAUAAUGGAGCGUUUGUAAUGGAACCACUGUGUACAAAUGGCCAAAUGCAAACUGUAGAUAAUGGUUGUGAGGUAAAUAUUUUGAGAGACUAAAAUGGCCAUACAUGAGAUUGCCUUGCCUUUCUACUUGUUCUUUUGUAUAUCAGUCUUUGAUUUCUCCAGUUGUAAAACUUUUUAAGUACUCAUCCAGUGAAUGAAAAUGGCUGCCCUCUAUCAUGUUUUACUAGUGAUUUAUUAUAUAUUUCUUAAUGCUCUUUAAAGUUUUGGUUUCAUUCUCUAUGCUGCGGCUGUAAUAUUGUCGGAGAAUGUAAAAAACAAAAGGCUGGAUCGAUGAAGCCCCCGCCAGUUUUUAACACUGGAUGCUGUGUUGCCAGCCCCGAUUCCACAAGGCCUCGAGAUGUGUUGGUUUGUUGGACUUUGCCUCAUCCUUUUUUUUUUCUUUUCUUUUCUUUUUUUUUUCUUUUUUUUCUUUUUUUUUUGCUGUGUGUUUUUGACUCGUUAGAUAAACUGAGGUUUCGUCCAUUCAUUCCAUUAACAGGGCAGUGCCAUCAUCUAGUUUAUAAAAUCAGCAGACUCUGUUAGUCUUCCUAGGAGCUGCAGUGGUACUAUCUAUCUCCUCAGCGUACCUACAGCUUUAAUUGCACUUCAAGUAUAAAUGCCUUUUGACUAUAAACAAAGUAGCCAUAAAACAGUAGCACGAGACUUACAGUAUUUUGCAGGUAUGCUAUCUGGGACAAAAAGAAAAGUCCGCCUGAAGUCUCACAGCUUGGACUCUGGAGUUGGUCAUGCAGUGUAUUAUUUGCCUGGCUGUAUCUUUCCAUUCGGACUUGUGAGAUGUUUUUUCAGUUGUACAGUAAAUGCAUAUAGACAAAGACUUCUCACAUAGUAGAUAACACUGCUCUCAGAUGUACAUAUUAACAUAAAGCUAGGAGGUGUUCAGAGACCAGCGGCAUUGCUACUACUUCUGACUGUAGUUUUAAAAGGAAUGUGCAUGACAGUAUAACAGUAUAAGCCUGUUGGUUGGCCUGAGCGGUAUGCGUUGUAGCACACUGCUGCAGGACUGGAGGAAUGUUGAGUCCUGAACAGAGUUGAAUCAGCCUUAGAGUAUUUGUGAUGAAUGGGAUGAAUAGUAUCAGCUUUAAAAUGUUAGAUCCAAUGCUUUUGUUGUGAUUUCUUCUUGUUUCCCCCCUCUGGCAUUAAAAUGCAUAUGCAGCAAUACUUUUAAAAGACAAA